AUGGGUGAUGUUGAGAAGGGCAAGAAAAUUUUUGUGCAGAAGUGUGCCCAGUGCCACACCGUGGAGAAGGGGGGCAAGCACAAGACUGGGCCGAACCUGCAUGGUUUAUUUGGGCGGAAGACUGGUCAAGCCCCUGGAUUCUCUUAUACAGAUGCCAAUAAGAACAAAGGUAUCACCUGGGGAGAGGAUACACUGAUGGAGUAUCUGGAGAAUCCCAAGAAAUACAUCCCCGGAACAAAGAUGAUCUUUGCUGGCAUUAAGAAGAAGACAGAAAGGGCAGAGUUGAUAGCUUAUCUUAAGGAAGCUACCAAUGAAUAA